AUGGCGCCUUUGGGUCAAUCCGACCACGAUGUGGUCGAAAAACAGCUCAAAGAAGUCAUCCAGGACCUCUACCAUGUCAUGGUCCAAGUCCACGCCUACGACGUAGCCGGAAAGCCCUCAGGCAGUGUGCUUGCGAAUCAACUAAACACGCUCGCAACUGACCUUCAAAAAAUCUACGACACGGCCAGACCCAGCGCCUCGCGCCCAGACUCCUCACGACCGCCCGUCAACCUCCCUAGUAUCCCGCCCGAGCUCAUCAACUACGUCGAUAAUGGCCGCAACCCGGAUAUCUACACGCGAGAGUUUGUCGAGUUGGCUAGGAGGGGGAAUCAGCUUAUGAAGGGGAAGAUAGAGGCGUUUGGCGAUUUUAGGGAUGUGCUUGCUGCGGAAAUGGCGAGGGCUAUGCCGGAGUUGAGGGAGGAUGUUAAGAAAGUCGUUGUGGAGACGGGAGGCAGGAGGGAAGUUGUUGAUGAGGCUAUAGGGCAGGAUGCCAUGUAA